CGUGGCAGCUGCAGAUAAAGGCAGGACUUGGGCUUGGCAGCCCCACUCUCUCCCGGAACCUCCACACAACCUGGGGAGCCACACAGGCCAGCGAUCCAACAUGCAAGAGGUGGUCCUGAGCCUGCUCGUCUUCCUGGCAAGCCUGCCUGCCCUGGAUGCCAAUGACCCAGAAGAUAAAAACAGUCCCUUCUACUAUGACUGGCACAGCCUCCGGGUCGGGGGGCUUAUCUGUGCAGCAGUUCUCUGCACCUUCGGCAUCAUCGUCCUCAUGAGUAAGUGGAGGGGCUGGCGGGGGCAUGCGCAGGGCAGGGCUGUGGGUUCCUUCCUCCAACCAUCCCCCUUCCCCUGGACAGGUGGGAAAUGCAAAUGCAAGUUCGGCCAGAAGCCCAGCCACCGGCCAGGGGAUUCGCCACCUCUCAUCACUCCAGGCUCUGCCCAUAACUGCUGAGGACAGAUCAGGCGGAAGGGCACAGAGGGCCUCUCUCUUUCUCCAAGCCCUGUCUCUGCAAAGGACCCUGGACUCCAAGAUGGAAUUCCCCCUCCUCUCCUCAGCCUGCCUUGCCAGGGCUUUGCCACGGCUCUCACGGGAGGCAUCUUUUUGUUCCACUUUCAAUCUAAAAUGAUCUUGCCUCCUA